UUGUGCUCUUUCAUCUCUCUGCAGCAGCAGCGGUAAACAGAGAGGGAGCGGGAGGGGGAGAGAGAAGGAGAGUAAUGGUUUCGUUGAAACUCCAAAAGCGGCUUGCCGCCAGCGUCCUCAAGUGCGGCAAGGGGAAGGUGUGGCUCGAUCCAAAUGAAGUCAAUGAAAUCUCCAUGGCCAACUCCCGCCAAAACAUAAGGAAGUUGGUUAAGGAUGGAUUCAUCAUUAGGAAGCCAACAAAGAUUCACUCCCGAUCUCGUGCACGCCGUAUGAAGGAAGCUAAGAGAAAAGGACGACAUUCUGGAUAUGGUAAGCGCAAGGGCACAAGAGAGGCUAGGCUGCCAACAAAAAUUCUCUGGAUGAGAAGGAUGCGUGUUCUUAGGCGUUUGCUCCGCAAGUACAGAGAGUCAAAGAAGAUUGACAAGCACAUGUACCAUGAUAUGUACAUGAAGGUUAAAGGUAAUGUCUUUAAGAACAAGAGAGUUCUUAUGGAAAGUAUUCACAAGUCAAAGGCUGAGAAGGCAAGAGAGAAGACUCUGUCUGACCAAUUUGAGGCUAAGAGGGCAAAGAACAAGGCAAGCAGGGAAAGAAAAAUUGCUAGGAGGGAGGAGCGUUUGGCCCAAGGCCCAGGUGGUGGAGAAAAACCUAUAGCUGAACCACCUGCUGCUGCAUCUCAAUCAUUCGAGGUAUCUAAGAAAUCCAAGAAGUGAGGACCCAAAUUAAGAGCUCUAGAGAUCCUCUUAUUGUGGCAAAGUAGUUUUGUUGAGCCAGUGUGGUUUUUUGUUGACUUGGACCAUGUUAUUUUUUGUCGUAGAUGUUAGAAGUUUAAAAUAUUGACACUAUGCAGCAUUAGCUUUUGAUUAUUUGUUCCUCUGUGCUUUUCGCCUUGCCUAUAUUUUGAUAUCUUUAUAGUUUAUAUUCAAAAUUUUCAUUUUCCUGGUCAA